AUGAGGGAGGUCAAUUUCAGCAUUCCAAACGUCAACAAGGCGGCUGUCAACAUUACGACUACCCUUUACGACCGACGUGCCCUUGACUGCACUUCAACCCUUCCACUCAUCAAUUCGCUCAACCAUCUUGCCUAUCUCACCACAUCGUCUGCGAGAAUUCGUGAUAUACUUACAGUCGACGGAGGGAUUGAGCAGCUAGUAUGCAUACUAAAGGAAGGGAGAAGCAAGGACUUGAUGGAGAUGUGGAAAUGGAAUUUGGCCUUCCAGUGUGUCGUCAAUAUUGGAGUCCGUGGCACUGAAAACGUGAGGACGAGAGUUGUUGAGGCAGAUAUUGUACCGGUCGUUGCUACAAUCCUCGAUAACUACAUUCGCGUCGUCGAUAAAAUAAGGGCACGCGCUGAUGCUGAAGCGCAGCGGAACACCUCGAGGGUGUCUAAAACAUCGUCCCGUUCACGCGACCAGACCAAUCGCUCAUCUUUCUUUGAAAGAGCUCCCACAACUUCAGACCAUCGCACCACUCGUCGACAAGCCCCACCCCCGUCGAUUGAGAUUCCUCAUCCGUAUUCCCGAGAUGCCCAACAUGGAGAGUCUGGCGCAGUGGAAAUCACUCCGUCUCCUCAAGUCAUCCUAACGUCUCCCCCAGAGCGUACGACAUUUUCUCGUGACGCACGCAGCCACAGAACACAUGAAGGUCGCCAUCAGCCGGUAACACAUCGCCAUCGAGUAAUGCAGCCUCUGGCAACUGCUAUCCCUCCUGUGGAUGGCACAGCCGGUUUUGGCCUUCGACCUGUUCGUGAUGCCGACAGGUUGCCGUCUGUGGUUCCAGGCCUGCAACCAGGGCUUAACUCCCAGCCAGAGUCACCGACCACACCCCAUGCUGUAGGUGAACAUCAAAAUUCUGUUUCGCUGAAUGCCCGGCCAAGACGACGCCCUUCGAUUCGCCAACGACCUUCGGCAUCGGGCGAGUCUGACGAUGCAAAUGGAGAUGAUGUGGUCAUGGGAGAGGACCCUUCUCCACACCACGUUGCUGAACCCAUAGUUGAUGUGCAGAAUGGAAUGGAAAUCGAUAACGUUGGCGAGAGUGGCUCCAUGCUCGAUGGUAGCUCCGAAACCCAUGGAAUCACGAUUCCAAACCCAUCCGAUACUCCCGAAGCUGAAACUUUCAACAUCACGCACCCUUCUGCAAUUGACGUAAGCAUCAUAAACACAACAGCACAGCCCGGAAAUGGUGUUCCUGGCCUUUCGCCCGUCCGCCCAACUGCGUUGAACACUGCAUCUCCCGUUCCUCAGCAGACGCCCUACCCUUUCUACUUGAGAGAUCGCCAAGUUCCACCGGGAGUUUUGACUGCGAUGCCCCGUGAUGAAGAUGUUUUGAUGGCCUUGCAACUUCUAGCAUACGUCUCGAAAUAUUGCAAUCUGCGCUCGUAUUUCCAAAAGACACAUCUGGUUCCGAAAUUGAAAUUGGGGAAGGAUAUUCGCCUAUUGGACGAUCCAAAUGCUCCGUCUCAGCCUUCACUAGAACUGGAGGAGGAGGAAGAAGAGGAGGAGGAGGAAUAUCUACUUCCAGAUGACUUCAACAUAUUCCCGCUUGUUGAAAGAUUCACCAUUCGACACCACACCAAGGAUAUGCAAUACUGGGCCUGCGUUGUUAUGCGAAAUCUCUGCCGUAAGGAUGAUGCGCGGGGAGGAAUUCGUCAGUGUGCAUACUAUAAAUGUGGGAAGUGGGAGGAGUUCCAACGCCAGUUUGCCAAAUGUCGGCGAUGCCGCAGGACAAAAUAUUGUAGCAAAGAGUGUCAGAAGAAUGCCUGGGCAUUCCAUCGUCAUUGGUGCCACAUCACACCGGGCCCUUCCGAGCAGGCGCAACAACAAUAAACAAAGAUACUUUCUACCGGCCUCGUUUAUCCUCCUAGACCUCUCGACUCUGAACGCCAGAAACAUUUUUCAGCUACAUCCAUCUUAAAUCAUAGCGAAAUACAUUACCAAUCAUCAGCGAUUCCCCGAUUAUUUUAAAAUCAAGUAACUUUUUUGAAGAUGCUUUUUGUGCUUCUCUUUCGCCCUUAAUCAGAAUCAAACUGGCAGCCAACACUAGUUUUACAGACAUAUAUAUAUAUAAGUAUAUAAGUAUAUUUAUAUAUUUAGCUUUCGUUUUAUAAUUCUCGAAUCACACGAACGAAUUUCCUUAUCUUGCAGUGUACGCUUCCUCACAUCGCGUUUCCUUGUUUGACAUCUAUGGAUGAAAGUGCAUUGAUUCCUCCUUCGACAGGCAAUUCUCUUCUCCCCCUUCCCCUGCAAAUGCGCUUCUUUCGUCUCGUCCCAUUUUGUACCUCUUGCUGAGCUAGAACUCCAUUUCUUGAUACUAUCCCCCCAUUUAUCAUUUUUCUUUUACUUACAUAUCCACAGAUGGGACGGACGAAGGUUGGCAGAGACGUAAAGGUACUUAUAUUAGGCGAAUGCUUCUGCAUAUUUGAUGUUUUCGCUCUACAUUAUAUUAAUUUUUGUUUUUAUCUCUUUUCCGAUGUCUCUAUUCAAUUAUGGAUCUUUUUUGUACAUUCUACAGCCACGCGCUUUGCCGGCCAUCCUUUUAGCUGAACUUUUGAUUUAUUAAACGUUUUGUUCCUUUUCUUUCUGUUCCUUUUGCUUUGACAGCGAUUCCUUUUGAACUGCGUUUUCUUUGGCUUUGCUUUGCUUUGCUUUAACCGUAUUCUCUCCCAAUAAAAUGAACAAACGUUUCUCUCCAGCAUGUAGUACAUGGAUUAUCCAUUUGUUUACCCCUCUCGUUCGUGGAAACCGUCUCCUAUCGUAUUAAUU